UUGGAAUUUGAAGCAAUGAUUGACCAUUUCCCUCCGGUAAUCUGUCAAGAAAUCCUCUUUAGACUGUCCCCGAAGUGUUUGAUUAAAUGCACCUUGGUAAGCAAGUCAUGGAGAUCUAUGAUUAAAAAUCAAAACUUCAUUCGCGGCCACCUCAGUUUCAAUAACCGGUGUGGCACUCCCCUUCUACUACUCCACUGUAUUACAAGAGAUAGUUGCCACACCUAUGGCUACAAAGUUUUCAUAAAUGAGGACACACCAAGGCAUGAGCUUUACUCUUUGCGUCAUGAUAACUCUGCUUUUCAUGAGUACUGGGCAGGAGGUAACAUCUUCGUUAUAUGCAACCCGCUAAUAAGAAAGUUAGUGACCCUUCCCGAGCCUAACAUUAGUUUCGAAAGUAAUAAUAAUGCUACUAUUGGGUUCGGGUUUGAUGCCGCGACCAAUGACUAUAAGGUUGUGAGACUUGUCCCUGAUGAUCCAAAAAGGAAAACUUUCGCUGAGGUUUAUUCACUAGCUAGGGGCACAUGGACCGAUCCACGUCAUGUUGCUGGUGUAUCGGAAAUGCAUGCAUGCACACCCCAGGCUUUUGUUAAUGGGACUCUUCAUUGGCAGGCAGUACGUGGGCCAAAUGGUGCUGGUUACCACUUCAUUUUGACAUUUGAUGUGGGCAGCGAAUCAUUUUCUGAGAUAAUGAUGCCAGAGAGUUUCACAUCGAGCAUGUUGAUGAGAUUUCAAUCUCAACUGUCUGUUACAGGAGAUGGGAAAUCCAUUGCUUUAUUCUCGAGGUGCCCUGACUUUUUCAUUCCGGCCAAUGGUGUACUUGAUAUAUGGGUAAUGAAAGAGUAUGGCAUGCCUGAGUCUUGGACAAAAUUGGCAGCUUUCCGGGGAAUAGGUCCAGAACGAAGUGUGCUCCCCAAGGCAUUAGGUUUUAUGAAAACCGGUAAACUAGUGUUGGAACUAGUUAAUGAAGAUGUCUGCCGCUGGUUUUGGCUUUAUACCUGUCCUGGGCAUGGGUUAUUCUCCAUGGAUCUUGUGAGCCAAAAUUUUAACUACCUUGGCAUUUCUGGAUACAAGUAUAACACCAUCGAUUCUUAUGAAAAGAGCCUCGUCUUACUCGACGUGGACAAUGCAGUUUCUUACUAA